AUGUUUUGUUGCAGAAGUGAAGAGUAUAAAGAGCAAAAUCGCAUUAAUAAGGAGAUUGAGAAACAGUUGAAGCGUGAUAAAAAGGAUGCGCGUCGGGAACUAAAAUUGCUCCUUCUCGGUACCGGUGAGUCUGGCAAAAGUACUUUCAUCAAACAAAUGCGGAUUAUCCAUGGUGCGGGUUAUUCAGAUGACGAAAGAAGGACUUUCAUCAAAAUUGUUUAUCAAAAUAUAUACAUGGCCAUGUUCACGAUGAUCCGUGCUGUGGAAAGUCUUAAGAUUCCGUAUGAAAAUCCAGCCAACAAGUCCUAUGGGGAAGCAAUUCGGGAGAUUGAUUACGAAACUGUUACAACUAUGGAGCCUCAGCAUGUCGUAGCAAUUAAAUCAUUAUGGGAUGAUCCUGGAAUAAAAGAAUGUUAUGACCGUCGUCGUGAGUAUCAGUUGACGGAUUCCGCGAAGUACUAUUUAGAUAAUCUUGAUCGAAUUUCUCAGCCAGACUAUUUACCGACUCUUCAGGAUAUUCUAAGAGUCCGAGUCCCCACUACAGGUAUUGUAGAGUACUUGUUUGAUCUGGAUUCAAUUAUAUUUCGGAUGGUUGACGUGGGCGGUCAACGUUCUGAACGCCGAAAGUGGAUUCACUGUUUUGAAAGUGUAACGUCAAUUAUGUUUCUAGUCGCUUUGUCAGAGUAUGAUCAAGUUUUAGUUGAAUCUGAUAACGAGAAUCGUAUGGAAGAAAGUAAAGCCCUCUUCAGAACAAUCAUAACCUAUCCAUGGUUUCAGGAAUCAUCCGUUAUUUUAUUCCUGAAUAAGAAAGAUCUGCUGGAGGAGAAAGUUCUGUAUUCACAUCUAGUUGAUUAUUUCCCAGAGUACGAUGGUCCCCAACGCGAUGCUGAAGCUGCACGUGAUUUCAUACUGAAAAUGUUUGUUGAAUUGAAUCCAGAUCCUGAGAAAAUAAUCUACUCUCAUUUCACCUGUGCUACAGACACAGAGAAUAUACGUUUUGUUUUCGCUGCUAAUACAAUCUUGUCUAACGUGAUCAAUGCAUCAACAUUCUGGUGCCUGCUUUCUCUUCAUUUGAAAUCCAAUUUCUCCUCGAGCUAA